UUGAAUAUUCCGCCAGAAACUCGAACGUAUGCGACUUCGAUAUUUACGACCGCCGCCGGUUUAUGGCCGGUUUGUUUGCAAAUUUUUAGGUUAAGUCGUACCGCCAACGUUUCUUUAAUUUUUCGUGUUUAAAAGGAGCCAAAACAAACCGUCCAAGAUGACGAUGGGCAAAAACAACAAAAUGUUACAACACAUCAACUACCGAGUCCGGAUAACCCUCCAAGACUCCCGGACCUUCAUCGGCACAUUCAAGGCCUUCGACAAACACAUGAACAUGAUCCUCGGCGACUGCGAGGAAUUCCGUAAAAUCAAACCGAAAAACUCAAAAGUAGAACGCGAGGAAAAACGCGUUCUGGGUUUCGUCCUUUUACGGGGCGAAAGCAUCGUGUCUUUGACAGUUGAGGGACCCCCACCACCAGAGGAGGGUUUGCCCCGUGUUCCUAUUCCGGGCGCAGCCCCCGGCCCUGGCAUUGGCCGCGCCGCGGGCCGCGGAAUGCCCGCGGGAAUGGGCGGCGUACCUGUCGGGCUGCAAGGCCCGGUGAGGGGCGUAGGAGGACCCUCGCAGCAGGUUAUGACUCCUGGGGGUCGUGGCCAGGUCGCGGCAGCCCCGCAAAUGAGCCAGGGGCCCCCAAGGAUGGGAGGGCCCCCGCCAGGCAUGAUGGGGCCACCACCCGGCAUGAUGGGCAUGCCGCCUGCUCCUAUGGGAAUGGGGCGCGGCGGGCCACCGCCGCCGAUGGGCAUGAGGGGACCGCCCCCCGGAAUGAUGCGUGGAGGACCGCCAGGGCCCCCACGGCCAUAUUAGUGUAGUUUUUUUAAUUUUACUCUUGUAAUUUUGGUGGAAAUAAACUUAACUUUAAUACUAGAAA